CUCCCACGAGCAUAAGUUUUUUUUUUCCUCCCAAUCAUGGCUAUCACUGCCGAUACUGCCGUCCUUCCACUCACUGCCACCGCCAAUUUUCCCAUCAAACUCACCUCUUCCAACUUCCCUGUUUGGAAAUGCCAAGUUCAUGCCGCUCUUAUCGGCCUCGGACUUGACGGAUACGUUGAUGGUACCAUCACCAUCCCAGAUCAAUUUAUUGAUGUGGCCAAAACACGUAUCAAUCCGUGUUAUACCAUCUGGUAUCGCCAAGACAAAACUAUUCUCAGUGCUCUAAUUGGUAGCUGCUCCGACACCAUUCAACCAAUUAUCUCAUCGGCCGCAACUGCACGUCAAGCAUGGGAUAAACUAGCUCUCACAUAUGCUAGUACAUCUCGUGGUCGCAUCAUUUCGCUAAAAACUACGCUAGCCCGGACAACCAAAGGUGCCCGCUCGGUCACAGAAUACAUGGCAGAGAUGACCGCUAUUGCCGAAGCACUUGCUCUUGCCCAGAGUCCGAUUUCUGAAGAGGACCUGGUAAUCAAUAUUCUUAAUGGCCUUGGGUCCGAUUACACGGAUCUUACAUCCGCCAUACGUGUACGCCCGACUGCCCUUCCCCUGGCAGAACUCCAAACUAUUUUACUUGAGCAUGAAAAUCGUGUGCAUGAGGCAGCCUCCACUACUUCAACGUUACUUCCUACGGCCCAUGCUACUCAAACCACAGAAAGAAUUUACAACUCUUCUCCCACUCAAGAUAGGAGGUCUCAUCCAAAUGCUGAGCGUCGUGGCAGUAAUCCUCGUAGAGGGCGAGGUGGCCACAAUUAUGGCUAAUCAAGAUUUGGACAAUCCCCAAUUAUCUGCCGAUUUUGUGAUAAUUCGGGUCAUGACGUCAAAAAUUGCCGGAAACUUCAGAGGUUCCUUCGUGAUAAUCAGGUGCCUCACCCGUCUCAGCACAUAAGCCCGACAGUUCAUCACGUCGCUACAACAUCCAAUGCCUCUAUUCAGCCCUGGAUGUUUGAUAGUGGUGCUUCUCACCAUGUUACUUCUGAUCCCACCACACUUCCUAAUUAUGCUGAUUAUGGCGGUCCUGAUGCAGUUCGUCUUGGGGAUGGAUCGGGUUACGGGGGCGCCACUUCUACGCGGGGAGAACAUUAAUGAUGUUUACUAUGCUUCAGCUAGCCAGUUGUCCCAGAUUAAUAAUACUCAGCUCACAGUUGUGUCUCGGUGGCACCAUGCCUUGGGCCACCCCUCCACUCGUGUUUUUAAUUCUUUAGUUAGCCAAAAUAAAAAUGUUAUUUCUUGCAAUCCUUCUUCUGAAUUCCAUUGUAUGUCGUGUUCUAUUAAUAAAAGUACUAAAUUACCAU